AUGUCCACCAGCGAGAGCGUCCAGAUGGCGGGGAUGGGCGACGGCACCAGCAGGACGCGUCCGUUACCGGAGCCGCUCCGGCUGCCGCUGCCGCCGGCGCGGACCACCUUCGUCGACGGUGGCCGCGCUUCCGGUUCCCCCGUGGCUGCUGCUGCUGCAAGGACGGCGGAGGCGACGGAGACCCCGCGGUACUCCGUCGCCUUCAGCGUGCCGGCGUCACCGUCGGGGCUGCACCUCGGCGCGUGCGCGUCCGUCCGCAGCGUCGCGCCGCCACAGCCGGCGGAGCACCAGCACCAGGACGCGGUGGCGGCGCCGCUGCCGCAGCUGCUGAACCAGGCGCGGUACCACUCGCAGCCGGCGCUGACGAUCCGGACCGAGGAACCCCCGCCGCUGCAGCGAGUGCGCACCGUGUCGCGCAGCGACAGCACGCGCGACCGGCGCUUCGACCACUUCAAGACCUUCUCCGGCCGCCUGGAGCGCCAGCUGUCCAACCUCCGCGGGGUGGCCGUGGACAUCGAGCCCGCCGCCGACGACUCCAACUCCAACAAGAUGAUCUCCGAGGAGGAGACCGACGACGGCGGCGGCGGCCGCGAGGUCCCCACGGCGGACCGCUACUUCGCCGCGCUGGAGGGGCCCGAGCUGGAGACGCUCAGACCGACGGAGGUGUCGGCGCUGCCCGAGGACGAGACGUGGCCGUUCCUGCUGCGGUUCCCCAUCAACGCGUUCGGGAUGUGCCUGGGCGUGAGCAGCCAGGCCAUGCUGUGGAAGACGCUGCAGUCGGAGCCGUCGACGGCGUUCCUGCACGUGAGCCCCGCCGUGAACAACGCGCUCUGGUGGGUCUCCACGUCGCUCAUGGCGCUCAUCUCCUUCAUCUACCUCCUCAAGGUCGUCUUCUACUUCGAGGCGGUGCGGCGCGAGUUCCACCACCCGAUCCGCGUCAAUUUCUUCUUCGCGCCGUGGAUCGCCUGCCUCUUCCUCGUCAAGGGCAUGCCGCACCCGGUGAAUGACAUCAACCACGUCGUCUGGUACAUCCUCAUGGCGCCCAUCCUGUUCCUCGACCUCAAGAUCUACGGGCAGUGGAUGUCCGGUGGCGACCGCCGGCUGUCCAAGGUGGCCACCCCAACCAACCACCUCGCCGUCGUCGGCAACUUCGUCGGCGCGCUGUUGGGCGCCAAGAUGGGGCUCCGUGAGGUGCCCAUCUUCUUCUUCGCCGUCGGGGUGGUGCACUAUCUGGUGCUGUUCGUGACGCUGUACCAGCGGCUGCCCACCAAUGCGCAGCUCCCCAAGGAGCUCCACCCGGUCUUCUUCCUCUUCAUCGCCGCGCCCAGCGUCGCCUCCGUCGGCUGGGCGAGGCUCUGCGGCGAAUUCAACUACGCCGCCAAGAUCCUCUACUUCACCUCCCUCUUCCUCUACAUGUCACUGGUGGUGCGUAUCAACAUGUUCCGGGGCGUCCGCUUCUCGCUGGCGUGGUGGGCGUACACGUUCCCGAUGACGAGCGUGGCCAUCGCGACGGCGGUGUACGCGUCGGCGGUGACCAACGUGCUCACCCGGGCGCUGGCCGUGGGGCUCUCCGGGGUGGCGACCGUCACCGUCGCCGGCGUGCUGGUGACCACCGUGUACCGUGCGUUCGUGCGCAAGGACCUGUUCCCCAACGACGUGUCCAUCGCCGUCACGCAGCGGCCCAAGGCCAAGUUCGGCAAGAUCCUCGCGCACAUCCGCGCCUCCGGCGACGGCGUCAAGGACCUCGUCUUCGCCGUCUCCAGGCACGGCGGCUCCUCCGGAUCCGACACCAACAGCGCUAGCGAGUCGCCGUCGCCCAUGGCGCGUGGCCGCCGCAGAGCAGAGCCGUAG